AUGAGUUUGUUAAGUACUGCUUUACACGAAGCGGAUCAAAAUAUCCAAGAAAAUGUGAAAAAGCAACGUGAAGAAAUAUUUCCGAUGCUGAAAGAUCUGAUAGAACGUAUACAGUUGUUAUCAUGGGCUUUGCAACAAAAUUUUAUUGAUACAUAUUGUAAUUUUACACCUACGAAAAGCUUAGAACAAAUUAAUUAUCAAAAUCGCAAAAGUAAUAUUCUUUUGGAUUACAAUAAACUACUAGAAGACAUAAAAAUAGUGAAUGAAAAAUCUUCUACAAUUAACGAAGAGUUUUGUAAUUCUUGUAGUAAGUUAGAAAAUGCAAUGAAAGUUUUCAAUAAUUUAUGCAUUGUUGUAGAAGGUAAACAAAUAUUAGAAAAAGCUAAUCAUGAAUUUGGUCGAUAUAAUUAUAUUGAGGCUAUGUUAAGUGUUAAAGAAUUGCAUAAUCAACUUAUGGGCCUUAAAUUUGAAGGUAAUGCUGGAAAGGCAUUAACAAUCUUAAGUGAUCAAGCAGAAAACCAAUUAGCCUUAUAUGCUGCACAACUUAGUGUAGAAUGGGAGGAUAUCUUUUCUUGGGCAGAAAAGAAAAGCAUUUAUUAUCUUACAUAUUCAUUAUCUGUCCAACAAAGUGAUCCAACUCUUAUACAAAAUGUUUUAAAAUCUUUGUAUGCUACAGAAAGACUCAAUGCUGAACUUGGGCUGUUUUCACUAUUUUUCAUCAAUAAAUUACUUCAUAAUGUAAUAAGACAUAAUUGUGAUAUAUUUACUGAAGAACAUUUGGGAGCUUUGGUGUUCAAUAUUAAAAUAGAUUUAAAUGAUCCAAAAAAACCAAACUUUCAAACAAUAUUCAAUAAUUUAACUGCAGUUUUUGAAUUUCUGCAAUCAACAUUGGGUCUGCAGUUUGAAAAUAAUAAAAAUUUUAUACAGGUAUUUGCUGAUUCCAUUAAACAAAAGUUUUUCAAUAAAAUAAUUGAGGACUGCAUUAGAAGCAACUUACCAUCAUGUGACAGCAGCUAUCAGAAUUACAAAAACAUAGUUAUUGAGUUAGAAUCCUUUAAUAAGUUUCUGGUGGACCUUAAAUUUGUUGAAGCAAGUGAAUCACCUCUUAACAAAUACAUAAAUGACACAGAAUAUGUUUUGUACAGCAAGAAAUGUGACAAACUACUUGCUGAUGUUAAAGGUAUACUUGGGGAAAGCUUGUCAUAUGGUACAAUUAUAGUUGGAUCCAUGCCAGAGCCACCAAAUGAUUCCACACUGGAUUCUACUAAUAUUCCCAAUAAUAAGAAUGAUCUAUGGGAUCUAAACAACCCAAUAUUUCUUCCAAAAUGUGUAAUAUCUCAAAAUGUAAAGAGAAUUAUAACUAUGAUUGUUGAACAUUUGGAAGAGAGUACAAAAUUGCCAGAAGAGUAUAGCAGACAGCUUAUAAUGUAUAUUAGAGAUAUAGCUGUAAUGUAUCAAUGCAUAAUACCUAAGAAAUUUAAGGUUAAUUUGGAGUUUUGUCCUUUAGAUAUUGCAUUAUUCUUCAACAACUGUUAUUAUCUGGCACAUAGUCUGCUUGGACCACCAUGGAAAAAUAUUCUGCCAUUUUCUCUAGCUGAUUUACUUACAACAAUACUUCUGGAAUGUAUUCAGGACCUAAGAGUUGUGGGCUUGGAGAAAGUGUCACUAUAUUUACAGAGUCAGAAGAAUAGUAUCACUAAGAAUAUUGAAAAUACUGAACUGCCAUGGACUUAUGAUUCUUAUCAAACAUUUGACUCUGCCGUAAAUAGCUCCAUAAUCCUCAUGAAGGAUCUGAAGACUAGCUGGUUCAAUAUCCUACCUACACGCAUGUAUGAACAUUCUAUGUGUACAUUGAUCCAAGCUUUGUGCCAAGCCAUGUUGGAUCGAAUAUUUGGAGACAGCAAGCCAAUAAGUGAGGAUUUAGUUUACAUGUUGGCUAUACGGUUUGAAGACACUAUUGCUGAUAUUGCAACUUUGUUUGAAGAGGAAGUCAAAUUAGAAACGAAAAUAAAUAUUUGGGUUAAAUUUACCAAAAUGUCGCAGCUUUUAAAAACUCAGCUACUUGAAAUCACAGAUUUAUGGCGUUCGGAUAAACUACUAAAACAGAGUUAUGUAUGUGAAGAGAUCCGGCAAAUUAUCAAAAUGAGGUUCUCUGAUGAUAAGUAUAGGCUUAAAAUAUUGAAAGAAAUACAAUAA